AUGAUCAAAAAAUAUGAAGUGAAUAAUAUUAGAGAGAUAGACACUGACCAGGCUAAUGAAAUAGAGGUAGACACUGAGCAGACCAAUGAAAUAGAGGUAGACAUUGACAAUUCGGAAACAAAUGAAAUAGAGGUAGACACUUCGGAAACAAAUGAGGACGUUCAGGAUGAUACAAAUAAUCCAGAGGAAAUUAUACAGCAACGUAUAUUACGAGUAUCGCGAAUUCAAGAG